AUGUUUUGCGCAAUCAGCGGCGUCACUCCGGAAGAUCCAGUCGUCUCCGUAAAAUCCGGGCUUCUCUUCGAGCGUCGUCUUAUUGAGAAGGCCAUUGCCGAGUCGGGAUCAUGUCCCGUCACGGGAGAGACGCUCACGGCCGAUGAUCUAGUGUCGGUCAAAACUAACAAGGCCGUGAAGCCGCGGCCGUUGCAAGCCGCCAGCAUUCCGGGCAUGCUGACGCUCUUUCAAAACGAAUGGGACGCCGUGGCGCUGCGGGACUUCGCGCUGGAGAAGCAGCUCAACACGGCGCGCGAGGAGCUCAGCCACGCGCUCUACCAGUCGGACGCGGCGUGUCGUGUGAUCGCGCGGCUGAUCCGCGAGAGGGACGAGGCGCGCCUGCUGCUGGCGCAGGCGGAGCAGCAGAUGCGCACGGCCGUGCCGCAAGGAGCGCCGCACGCGGCGGCGGCGGCGUCCAUGCCGAACGGCAAGAGAGCGGGGGACGAGGGAGGGGCGGAGGGCGAGGAGGAUGCGAGGGCGGCGAAGAGGGCGAAGCAGCAGGCGGCGGGCAUCACGGACGCCAUCAUCGCCGAGAUGACCGCCUGCAACGCCAAGCUCUCCUCGCAACGCAAGAAGCGCCAGAUCUCCUCAUCGCUGGCGGCACUAGGCGCGGUGGAGAAGUACACGCAGCUGAGCAGCCAUCCGCUGCACAAGACCACCAAGCCCGGCAUCCUCGCCCUCGACAUCCACCCGCAACAGAACCGCAUACUGACGGGGGGCGUGGACGCCAGUGCGGUCGUGUUUGCACGGGACGAAGGGCAGAUCGUUGCCACGCUCACUGGCCACACCAAGCGGGUGUGCGCAGUCAAGUUUGUGGCGCCAGAAGACCUGCUGCUCACCGCAUCCGCUGACAAGACGGUGCGCGUGUGGAGGGGCAACGAGGACUCCACGGGGUACGAGUGCCAGCACGUGCUCAAGGAACACACUGCUGAGGUGCGGGCGGUGACAGUGCAUGCGACCAAAAAGUACUUUGUAUCCGCGUCAGCAGACAAGACGUGGGCCUUCUUCGACCUCACCACGGGCGCCUGCCUCACGCAAGUGGCGGACGAGUCACUGGCGGAGGGGUACACGUCUGCGUCGUUCCACCCGGACGGGCUCAUCCUGGGCACAGGCACUGCCGAGUCUCUCGUGCGCAUCUGGGACGUCAAAACGCAGGCCAAUGUGGCCAAGUUUGAGGGCCAUUCAGGGCCCAUCACAGCCAUCAGCUUCUCAGAAAACGGAUACUUCCUUGCCACGGCGGCAUCGGACGGGGUGAAGCUGUGGGAUCUGCGCAAGCUCAAGAACUUCCGCACCUUUGCUCCCUUCGAGGCCACCACUCCCACCAACAGCGUCCGGUUUGACUUCAGUGGGUCCUACCUCGCGAUGGCAGGAUCAGAUGUCCGGGUGAUUCAAGUGGGCACGGUGAAGCAGGAGUGGAACUCCAUCAAGACCAUCCCCGACCUCUCAGGCACAGGCAAGGUGACGUGUGCGGAGUUCGGCCCCGAUGCCUCAUACGUGGCCGUGGCAGCCAUGGAUCGCAACCUGCGCAUCUUUGGCCUUCCCUCCUCUCAACCCGCUGCUGAUGCUGACGCUGCUGCUGAGGAGAGCUGA